AUGGUACUGCGCACAGCAGCCGCUGUCGCCCGCCGCGCCGCCGCCCGCGUGACCAUCCAGACCAGACCAUCGUACAGGUACACGCGACCAGCACGUGGCUACACGUACUGUGCCGCUACACAAGUGUGUACACCGCACACUGCAUCACCAGGCUACCGCACAAUGAGCAGCCUGCUGCAAUCAUGCAGCAACUUAGAGCACGGCCAGAGCAUCUGCAGCGCUGCCUUACAAGUGGUGCUGCGGGCACUUCAACGCAACCAGAGCACCACGGUGCUGCAACACAUGUUCGCCUCACUGCGCACCCUCAUCGUUAAGCUGGGCUGGUCCUGCUGCGGCGAGGAGUCGGGUAUCUGCCGAGUUCUGUUACGUCAUUGCGCUGCGCUAGCGCCACAAACACGUGCACACGCUAGUGCCACUCUCUACGCACUCAUGCGACAACAUUAUCAACUUGGAAACAACUUCAGUCGCGUGAAGAUGCAGGUGACGAUGUCGCUAUCGUCUCUAGUUGGCACGUCGGCCACCUUUAGCGAGGACGCACUGCGCCGCGCGCUCAAGACCGUGCUAGUUUAUGCUGAGAAGGACCAGGACCUACACGAUACCAACUUUCCGGAACAGGUGAAGGACCUGGUGUUCAACCUUCACAUGAUCCUGUCCGACACGGUGAAGAUGAAGGAGUUCCAGGAGGACCCUGAAAUGCUUUUGGAUCUCAUGCACCGCAUCGCGCGCGGCUACCAGCACAGCCCCGACCUGCGCCUCACGUGGCUCAGCAACAUGGCGCAGAAGCAUAUGGAGCGCUCGAACCACGCAGAAGCAGGCAUGUGCCUGGUUCACGGAGCUGCCUUAGUCGCGGAGCAGACGUGUGCGGGCGGCCGCGGCGCAGCCCUGCUUGAGAAGGUCACACACAACGCGCUGGAUGAAAGCUGUGCUGAUGCUUUGCACCACCAUCUUACACAUCAGGAACUACAGGUGAAAAGAAAUUUCCUCUCCUUUUGA